AUGAAUAAUAUAUUACUAGAUCAUAAUAUCAAUAAUCAUACUUCGUAUCAUCCUCAACAAGAAUCUCAACAUUCAUCACAAGAUUUACUUCAAUCUCAUCAAAAUUCUCAAGAAAAUACAUCUCAAUCCCCGCAAAAUUUAAAAUCUUCUUCACAAAUUAAAAGUUUUAAAACAACAAACAAUAAUAAUAAUAUGAAUACAGACCAUAUACCUGAUUCAACAUCAUCUCAGUCAAACAACAAUACAAAUACAAACACAUCAUCAAAAAAUAAAAGAGAUGGUACAAGACCUUAUAAAUGUCCUCAUUGUGAUAAAGCUUUUCAUAGAUUAGAACAUCAAACAAGACAUAUAAGAACUCAUACUGGUGAAAAACCUCAUAUUUGUAAAUUUCCUGGUUGUUCAAAAAAAUUUAGUAGAUCUGAUGAAUUAACAAGACAUUUAAGAAUUCAUACAAAUCCAAAUUCAAGAAAGAAUAAGAAAAAUGAAAAAGUUAAAAAUGAAAUAAUAUUUAAGAAUAAAGUGGUACUGCAACAACAACAAGAAGAAUCGCAAUCACAAGAACAACAACAACAACAACAACAACAACAACCUCAAACACAACCGCAGACACAACAACAAGUACAACAACAAGUGCAACCACAAACACAACAAUAUCCCACUCAAACUGCACAACCUUCAUCAUUAACUUCUCAAAUAAAUACAAAUUCAAGUCCACCAUCUUCCCCACCAAGUACAAAUUCUUCAAUAAUAUAUCAAGAUCCAACAAUAAAUUAUAAUGACUUUACUACUUCCAAUAAUAAUCAAAAAUUCAAAUUAUCGCCGUCAAGAGAUACUCAACCUUUAACACCUACACAUACUCCAACUUUUAAGCAUAAACCAAAACCAUUUGAAACACCUCAAAUCUUCACUUCUCAAGAUUAUCCGAUGAAAAAUAAAUCAACAGAAUCUUUAACUAUAGCAAAACAUCCUUCUAGCAUAGAUAUAUUAGCACUGGCAGCAACACAAGAAUUAGAAAAUUUGGAAUCAUCAAAAUCUUUACCAUCAUUAGUAGAUCAUUUUGGUCAACAAGUUAAACCAACAAAAUUACCAAAUAAUAAUUUCAAUAAUCAUACACAUUUAACUCAUAGUAAUAGUAGUAAUCCAAAUUUCAAUUUCACUAAAAAAUUUGCUCCUAUAACAGAUAAUCAAAGUUUUGAAAAUUUAGAAUCAUCAAAAUCAUUACCAUCAUUAGUUGAUUUAUUUGGUCAAUCAGGAGUUUCAAAAUUUAUACCACUGAAUGAUUAUAAUAAUAGAGAAAAAGCAAGUUUUCAAAUUAAUGAUAAUUUACAAUAUCUUUCAAAUGUUGCAACAAGAUUUUCAACAAUUUCAAGAAUGACUCCAUUAGAACAACCAAUAGCAAUUAAUCGUAAAUCUCAUAUUUCUCAAGAUUCUGAUAUUGAUUAUUUACAUCAAAAAUUAAAAAGAUCAAGACCAAAUAGUCCUAAAUUUUAUCAAUUUGGUAAUAGGUUUGGAAGUGGUUCAAAUAAUAAUAAUAAUGGUGGUAAUCAUACUAAUAAUAAUACAAUACCUAAUUCUCCGAUUUUAGGAUUAUCUACAAAUUCAACUCCUUUAAUGUCCACUCAUAAUAGUAGUACAAAUUUAAAAGCAUUAGGUCCCGGUUAA